CAGGUAGAUUUUUUGAACUCUGUGAUUGUUGACAUACAGAAAAAGAACGAUGAUCUACAGAAAAAACUGUCUGCUGCUCUGUCAUUAGAAAUCUGGUCGGUCGCGCCACAUCAUUCAUUUUCUCAAAUCAGCACCUCUCCAUCUCAGCAACAAGACGCUGGGAAAGUAACGACACCUACGACACUGCGAUUUUUUUGCGACAUUUGCGACGUGUUUGACCUGCACGACACCGACGACUGCCCGAAACAGUGUGGCCUCACAGAGGACGAUUUUGACGCCGAGGGCAAUCCAGCCUCCAAGUACCACGGCGAUCCUAGUCUAGAAAGGCCCUACUGCGAAAUUUGUGAAGUUUUUGGUCACACAACGGAAGAAUGUCAAGAUGAUCAGACUUUUUGA